CGUGGGGGGGUCCCGGUCCGGUUCCGUGAUGUCUGAUGCAGCUCAGCAACCUGCUCCCGAGGCCCCCGAAGGGGGAGCCCCUGGUGGGGCCCCCCCUGGACAAGCCACCAAUGUGAGCAGUAACCGUCGGCUGCAGCAGACGCAGGCCCAAAUGAAGGAGGUGGUUGAUAUAAUGUGUGUAAAUGUAGACAAGGUGCUGCAACGAGACGAGAAACUGUCAGAGCUAGAUGACCGUGCAGAUGCCCUUCAGGCCGGUGCCUCACAAUUUGAAAGUAGCGCAGCAAAACUCAAAAGGAAGUACUGGUGGAAGAACUGCAAGAUGAUGAUCAUGAUGGGAGUGAUUGGUGCCAUUGUGGUGGCGGUGAUUGUAAGUAAGUACCAAAAAGCCCGGGAUCAAGGGUGGAGAAGCACCAACUCUCCAGUACUUUAAACUUUUUGGUUUGAGAUCUGGAGGGUCUUGAUUGCAUAAGUGUUAACUUCAGUCCUUGGGGAAGGGAGGAGGGCGUGCUGGAACUCCCACGCUUAUUUUGGAAAUGGUAUGCUUUACAUAGUAGCAGAAGGAAUUGGGGGUGGCCAUCAUUGUAGAGAUGGGCAAUUCUCUCUGCCAGGUCAGGUAAACAUGUAAGUAUGAGGGGCAUUUGCCCUGGAGCGGGUGGGUUGGCAAGUCCCUUCCCUGGUGGGGGAUUUGGAGGUCUUGGGGGGCACCUUUGGUGUAACUUGCCCUUUUGUUCUUUCCUUUUUUUCCCCUAUUGCUUUGUCUCCAGUCUACUUUUUUACUUGAAUGUAGCUCCUUCAGUCUGCAACCUACUGUCCCCUGUCACCUUGCCUGUCUCUUCUUGCCCCUGAAUCUUUCCUUCCCUUCCACCUAGCUUCUUCAUUGAUUUCUUUAUUGGUUUUGAUUUGUCUUCUGUAUAGGACUCUGAAGCACUCUACUGAACAUGGUUAAACUCUUCAACAGCUGCUGCAGCUUUAGGGAGGGUUAUCUGAGUUUUGAGGAAAGGGAAGUAGAGGAGGAGUGGGUAGCUCUUGCUGCUGCUCUUCUGCAGGGAAUUUAUGUGGUUUAUUUUUGGGUGUGAGCUUCUCAAAUAGUGCCUGUAUGGACUCUAGCAAAAUAAGAAUGCCUUAAUGCAGUGCCUUUGGGGAUGAAGGACUUCUGCAUGUGAGAUUCUUUAGUGUUCUGCCUAGAAAGAGUGGCAGCAUGACUUAAGCUUUUCAGUGAGCUUCUGAAAUAAAGGCUAGUUUGUGCUGGUCAGUGACUGUGAGCCAUCUGACUGAGCUAGAUGUAGUGAUAUAGAUUUCUCUAGCCAUGGGGAGAUGAGCACUUAAAUGAUUUAUUCUGCCUGUCCUUAUUUUCAGAUGACUUGCUGUUUGAACGUGGCCAUUUCAGUUAUUAUAAAGGAGAACCUAUGUGAUUACCUCAGUCAAGUGCAACAGACUAAACACACUUAAGUGAAAGGAGGGGUUUUUUUACUAUCUAAAAGGCACAUGUGGGAGUAAAAUCUCCUGCCAGAAGGAACAAAGGAACAACAGUAAGGAGUCUGGUGGGGGGUGUCAGAUAUUCCUUUCGUCUAUGCAGACACAAGCCAGGACCCUGUGGCUUUCUACUGUCUUGUAGCUUUCUGGAAGACUUUGGGGUAGUGGCAGAAUGGGAAUGGGUGUUUUGCUUUUGUGUUACUGGGUUGAAUGUCAAAGGAAAUCCACUACAUAGUUGGAGAUGUGAAGGAGACUGGAGGUAUUCCUGAUGAGACUGAAUGAGCCACACAGCUUUCUGAUUAAGAAUACCUGUUCUGUUUGUGCUGCCACAAAGCCUGAACUUUCAGCGGGAGUUAGAAAAUACUUGGAAUGGCUAGGUAGGGGAUUCAAAGGAAAAUGCUGCUCUCGGCAUGGGUAUUGCAAAGUGACAUCAGAUGUCCCAGUCUGGCAGCUUAGAUCUCUAGAGAUCUUGCCUAUCAAACUGAAAUCUUCCUACUUGCCAUGGGUUCUCUUGAAUUUAGAUCCAAGGUGGUCUCCGCUGGAAGUAAACUUGCAGUGUGGAAUGCUGUGGCUUUCUGUAAGCAAUUCCCUUGUUCUCCUCCAUGAAAAAUAACAAGAGCUGUGAAUUGCUUGAAUGUGUUGUCAAACCUGGGGUUAAGUGAGCUGCCCUGUUCCUGAGUUUCUG